AUGAAAUACAAUGAAACCACAGUGAACGAGUUCAUUCUUCAGGGAUUCACCGAUAUCCGUAUCCUUCAGCUGUUGUUCUUCAGCCUCCUCUUCUUCUCCUACCUGCUGACAAUCAUCGGAAACGCUGCAAUCAUCACCAUUGCUCAUAUUGAUCACCGACUACGGACCCCAAUGUAUUUUUUCCUUUGGAAUUUCUCCCUCCUGGAGAUCGGCUUCACCACUGCCAUUGUUCCCCAAACUUUGACCCAGCUGGCAACAGGAAAUAAAAAGAUCUCUUAUAUUGGGUGCAUGCUCCAGUCAUUCUUGUACUUCCAACUAGGCACCUCUGAGUUCUUCCUCUUAGCUGUUAUGUCCUUCGAUCGCUAUGUGGCCAUUUGUAACCCCUUGCACUAUCCAACUAUCAUGAACAACCGAAUUUGCACCUCCUUGGUUCUGUGUUCUUGGCUUGGCAGUUUUCUUCUGAUUAUUGGUCCAUCAAUGCUUUUUCUACAGUAUCCAAUCUGUGGUUCAAAUGUUCUUAAUCAUUUCUUCUGUGACAACACACCCUUGAUUAAAAUUCUGUGUGGUGACACACGGCUGCUACAAUUCCUUGGAUUUAUUUCAGCUGUGUUUUCUGUGCUGGGCAGUUUGAGUAUUACAAUUGUGUCCUAUGUCAAUAUCGUCAAAACCGUGAUACGUAUCCCCUCUGCUACGGGGAGACAAAAGGCCUUCUCUACAUGUGCCUCUCACUUCAUUGUGGUGUCCAUUACCUAUGGGAGCUGCAUCUUCCUGUAUAUCAAACCGAAUCAGAACAGUAAAUUAGAGCUGGGCAAAGUGGUGGCCGUUCUCAACACGAUGGUAUCCCCUUUGCUCAACCCUUUCAUAUACUGUUUGAGGAACAAACAGGUCCAGGAGGCCUGGAGAGAUGCCUUGGUAAAAUUCAUUGCCAUUAGCAAAGGGACAGGAAAACUCUGA